AUGAACAAGCAAGUAAAGAAAGCGAGUUGAACUUGGUAGACUUUCUCUCGGUUUCUUCCAUCUGUUUCCCAUUGAGAUCUCGCCCCUCCUCGUCUCGUCUCGUCUCUGCGAUUUUAACACGCAUGUAAGUCUGCUUGCAGAGUGGGAGAGAGUAGUUGCGGAGCAAAUCGGAAGGGGGGAAAUGGCAAGGGUGAGAACUGGGGUUCUGAAGGCGGUGGUGGGGCUGAUGGCGGUUGGUCUGGCGGCGUACAUAGUAGGUCCGCCUCUGUAUUGGCACUUGAUGGAAGCAUUGGCUUCUGCUUCCGCUCCGCCUUCCUGCCCUGCGUGCAAUUGUGACUGUGAUUCCAUGCCCUUAAUAUCCAUUCCUCAAGGUCUGGGUAAUGCUUCCUUUUCAGGUUGUACAAGGAAUGAUCCAGACGUUAACGAGGACACACAGAAGAACUUUUCCGAACUAUUGUCUGAAGAACUGAAGCUGAGAGAAGCCGAAGCAUUGGAAAAUCAACGGCGUGCUGACAUGGCACUGCUCGAGGCUAAGAAGAUGACAUCUCAAUACCAGAAAGAGGCAGACAAGUGCAAUUCUGGGAUGGAGACAUGCGAGGAGGCGCGGGAAAAAUCUGAAACUGCUUUAUCAGCACAGAAGCAGCUGACUGCUUUGUGGAUGCAGAGGGCGCGCCAAAGGGGUUGGACACAAGGGGAAGGGAAUGUGAGGAGGGUUCAAUCAUCCUAGCAAUUUACAUUUUUUAAUUACAUAAUGUUCUCUUCAAACCUUGCCUUUUCAUCCAGAGCUAGUAACAACAUACAUAUACAUAUUAUUGUGGUGCUGUUAUUUUGUAAGCUAAGUAAGUUACUCUGUUUUUUGUAUCAUCUCAACUUUAUAUUAUUCAUAUAAUAAUAAUAAUACUUACUUUCUUAUA